AUUGACAGUUCUAAAGUAAAUCAAAACAGAUAUCGUGUUGGUUACACAAUUUUCUUAAAGUGAAGUUUCUUUUCCUUAAAUUUAUCGCCCCAUCGCCUCACAAUGUCCAAAGCAGCGGGUCGCCUGAAAACGCUCAAGAAAGCCGUCGACAAAAUCAACCACACGAGCAAGCUUCGCACAAACAUCCCGGCAGGAAUGGCCGUUGCCGGUCCACCGCUAGGACCGAUGCUCGGCCAGCGAGGCAUCAACAUCGCCGCCUUUUGCAAGGACUUUAACGAGCGCACCAAAGAUUACAAGGAGGGCAUUCCACUUCCCUGCCGGGUGGCGGUCACUUCCGACCGGGCGUACGAACUCACGAUCCAUUCGCCGCCGGCGACGUUCCUGCUCAAACAGGCCGCCGGAAUCCAGCGCGGUGCGAUGAACCCGGGCCGGGAGACGGCCGGGCGGAUUACGCGCAAACAUUUGUACGAAAUUGCCCAGAUUAAGGCGCAGGAUCCGCCGAACGCGCUGCUGACGCUGGAGCAGAUGUGCAAGGCCCUGGUGGGAGUGGCCCGGACGUGUGGGAUCGAGAUCGUGAACGAGCUGGACCCGGUGGAGUAUGGAAAGUUCUUGGAGGAACGCAAACAGGUCGUGGAGGACCAGCGGAGGGAGCUGCAGGAGAAACGAGAGGCGAGAAUGCUGCGAAUGGGUUGAGUUUCUGAUUGCGAGGUAUGUUCCGGGGACAUGUUUGUUAGAGUAGCGGAAAUAGAGUGCGGAAAUUUAA